GGCCGAGACGCCACCCAACACAAACCUCGACAGCCCGAUCGGGGGCCUUUCGUUGGGGCGGCGGCAGCUCCUCUGUAUAUCGCCCGCGCGCUCGUGUGGCAGUCCCGCGUCCUCGUGCUCGACGAGGCCACCGCGUCCAUCGACCACGACACGGACACUAUGAUUCAGGAGACACUGCGCUUGAGCGUGUCCGCCAAUACGACCUUGCUGACCAUCGCGCACCGCCUGCACACCAUCGCCGAUUACGACCGUAUCAUCGUUCUAGACGCCGGCCGUAUCGUCGAACAAGGGUCACUCGACGAGUUUCUCCAGCGCGAAGGUCCCGACGCCGUGUUUCGCUACCUGUGUGAAGAGUCGGGCGAUCUAGAACGAAUCCAGAAAGCUGCUGCAAGGGUUUGAGAUGCCGCACAUUGAGCUACCAGUGCAUAUCGAAGGAUAUGGGCAGUUUGUCAUCAACACGUUCUUUUCUAAGCCCCCGGGUCGUGAGACCGAUUUCCUUGCAUUAAUCCAAGUAGCUGUCGGGACACGCAGGCUCACCAACCACCCCGAACGGAGAGCAAACGUCCUGGAAUAAGCGCAGGAAACAAACAGAGCAGCUCGGUUGGUAAUGAUGCAU